AUGGCUCAAGCCAGCAUUUUGAACCGACUGUCAGCACUUGACACUAAUACAGUGUCUGACGCCUUGGAUUUCCUCCAGCUCAAAGGCGCUACAUAUGGACUGAGACCUCUUUGGGACUGCCGGAAGAUUGUUGGACGUGCCAGCACAGUGGAAGUGGGAAUCAAGAAACAAGCCGCACCCACCAAACAUCUUCUCACACCAGUUAUAGAUGCAGUCACGACGGAUGACCGUAUCCUCGUCGUCUCUGGCGGUACAGAGGGAGUGUCCUGCUGGGGAGACAUCGUCGCCAAUGCCUCACAAAUGAAAAGGAUCCGGGGAACAAUCAUCGAUGGCAUGAGCCGCGAUAUCGAUGGUAGUCGAGAUAUCGGAUAUCCGGUUUAUGGCCGAGGCGUGACCAUGAUCAGCGCACGCAAUCGGAUUGAGCAACUCAACUCCGGUAAGCCUCUGCAGGUCCGGGGUGUCACGGUCAACGAAGACGACUAUGUGAUCGCCGAUCGAUGCGGAACAGUCUUCGUCCCAGCCGAGCGCAUUGAAGAGGUUUUGGACCUGGGAGAGAGGAUCGACCGUCGUCAGGCCCUUAUGGUUCAGGAUGUUCUGGCCGGCAAACCUGUGUCAGAGGUCAUGCAUGACACGAAAUUCGAAGCCAUCCAACAGAAGAAAAAACCAAUAUCCGCCGCACCCGCCAUGAAAGCACCCAACCGAAACCCGAAGGGUGCUAGUGUCGAAGAUCAAGAGUUGUCAGCUCUUUUUGCCAACUCAGAUACUCCCGGGGUCUCUGAUGCACUUGAUAAACUCGGAAUCGCCGGCCAGGCAUAUAAUAUUAUGCCUUUGGCUAAUUAUAAAAGAGUCACCGUGGGUCCGGCCUUUACAGUUCGCUACGUUCCUGCCAGCAGCCCACCUGGAAGCGUUGGUGACUUCAUCGACGACGUCGCUACUGGAGAUGUCGUUGUUAUUGACAAUGGUGGUCGCACUGAUUGCACUGUUUGGGGCGAUAUAAUGACUCAGUAUGCUGGUUUACGCGGCAUUGCUGGUACUGUCAUUGACGGCGUUUGCCGGGAUGUGAAUUGUGCGAUAGACGAGAACUAUCCAGUCUUUACGGCUGGACGUUGGAUGCGAACCGGUAAAGACCGUGUUCAAGUUGGAGGCGUUAACGAGUCGAUUGGCAUCGGAAAGGUGCGUGUUCAACCUCGAGACAUUGUUGUCGCCGAUGCAAAUGGUGUUGUUAUUGUUCCGCGAGAUCGAGCUCGUGAGGUUGCUGAAAUCGCACACAAGAUCGAAAUGAGCGAAAAUGGCAUCCGGGAAUUGAUCGCUGGGGGUGCUUCGAUUGCGGAGGCAAGGGAGAAGCUCGGUUAUCACACGUUGCAGCGGAAGGGAUAG